AUGACAAAAGAAAAUCAAAAAAGUAAUGGUAACAUUCAAAAUUUACCAUUGUAUUUAUUAAAUAAGAUCUUUAGUUAUUUGACAGUAAAAGAUUGUCUUUGCUUUCUAUAUAUCAAUCGUAGUUUAAAUCAAAAACUAAAUGAAAGUAUAGAGUUUUGGAGAAAUAUCUAUUCGAAAUACUCUCGUGUCGAUCUCCUGCUAAAGAAUAUCGAUCAAAUCAAAUUGAAUGACGAUAGCAAUGAAUCUAUCAUUCAUUAUAUUAAAAGACAAAUCUACAAUCAAAGAAUUCUAACUUUGAAUCUAAUUAAAAAUUCAAAUCGUAGAUUGAAUAUAUCUAUACCUAUUUAUCUAUGUAUUGGUGGUCAAUUCGCACAAUAUCAACACGAUACUAUUAAACAACAUUAUACCUUAAGUUAUUAUUCAACUUUAUCUAUUACAGAUACCAAUUGUAAUAUAUUAGAUAGUAUACCUACUGUUAAUACAUCAAAUAAUAAUCUUUUAAAUAAUACUGGUGUUUAUAGUUUAUCAGUUGCCUCUAAUCAUAGAUUUGUACAUUCGACAUUCAAUAACAAUGUUUAUGUUGGUCAGAUAUCGAAUGACUAUCAUUUAGAUGACGGGAAUAGUCUUUAUCAGUUAAAGUUGAAACCAUUUAUCAACAACAAUAAUAAUAACAAUGAUAUUAAAACAACAGUUAAAAUAACGAAUGAUGGUAGAUCUGUUGUUAUUGGUUCACAAGAUGGAUCUCUUAGAAUCUAUGAUAUUGAAACAAAUGCAAUACUGUGGGAACAAUAUCAACCGUUGAUGCCAAUCAAUGAUAUUACGGUAAUAGAUGAUCAACAACAAUCUAAUACAUUAUUUGCAAGUGGUUAUAUUAUUAAUAAUGGUAAUAAUAAUAAUAUUAAUGUUAAUAAUACAGGAUUCAUAAGAUCUUGGGAUAUAAGAUCAAAUGAUAACAAUAAUAAUAAUAAUAAUAAUAAUAAUAAUAAUAAUAAGAAAACAAGAAUAACAAUUAAUGAAAUGAUUGAAGUUGGUGGUAUAUCACUUAAUUCAAGCAAUAGUUGUUUGGGAUAUGUAAUGAGAACUGGUAUCGCUAGAAUAUUCGAUUUAAGAACCAAUAGUAUCAGAAGUACAUACGCACCAAACUCAACGAAAUACAUCAACUACGCAAAGAAACUAUCAUCAAAGAAUAUGACAAUAGAAGCUGUUUGUUGGAUGCCUACAGAUACCUCCAAUGACUAUAUUUGCUCUACCAAUGGAAAUAACAUCAAUAUUUGGAAUACAAACAACUCUAAUAAUAAUAAUAACAACAACAACAAUACAACAACAACAUCAUCAUUGUUAACAACAUUGGUAACAAACAAACCAACAACUACCAAGAGAACAAUAUCAAUUUCAUCUACUGGAAUGUGGUUAGCAUGUAACACAGGUAAACUAUUCUCCACCAAAGAUAUCUAUGAUAUCAGUAAUUAG